AACAAAGAUAUUUAUUUAUUUACUUACAUUAUUCGUAGUUUAUAUAUAUUUGAUCUUAGAGGUUUCGAAAUAUAACAAGCCUAUCUCAAAAAGCGUCCAUAUAUGAAGGCUAAUCCUUCACAUUCCCCUAAAAAGACUUUUUUUGCUAAUAAUUCUGACGAAAUAAGACAGAAAACCUUAAAAUUGAUUAAAAAGAAACUUUAAAACUAUGAUUUUUCUAUAAAAAGAACCCAAGAUGAAAGAAUUAAUGACUGCUUGUAAGUUAUGCAAUUAGAUAGGGAUAAAAGAUUUAAAACUGAAUAGAUGAUAUUAGAAAAUGCUACUAGAAACUUUCCCUUUUUCACCAAAUUAAUUAGAAAAGGCUAUUAAAGACAGGUAAUUGAAUGCUAUAAAGUGAUUACACCAUUAAGUCUAAAAAAAGGAGACUGCGUGUUUUAUUAGGGAGAUAUAGCUGAUAAUUUUUAUAUCCUCUUGAGAGGAAAAGUUACUGUUAUAACUCAUAAAGAUUAGGAAACGAUUGAGAAAGAGAGAUAAUAGCUGAGUUACGACGAGGCUACUCAAAUAUAAAAUUAUAUCAGUCAAUUAUAAUCUGAAAAAGAUGAAAUGAGAGCAGAAAUAUCUUCUUUAAAAAAUAAUCCACACAAUCAAUUUAAUAUUUCUCCAUAGAGUGUAAAAGAAAGAUAGUAAAAAAUGGAAUUAAAUAAGGUAAGGAGAAACAGUUUAAGCAGCAUUGGAGAAUCUAAUACUCCUUUGAGUCAAUCAUUUUCAGAAUAUUCUCCAAAAAAGCAACCAAAUAAAAUGAGUAAAAUUUCAAGGUAGUAGACCAAAAGCAAAUUUUAAUCAAAGCAGGGAUCUAUUGUUUUAAACGAAAACGAUAAUGAAGAAGAAUCACCAUAAAAAAGCAAUGGGGAAUCAUACUCAAGAUUUUCUUUCAAAUUUUUAUUUGAAAAGGCAUAGGAAAUUCUAAAUGAAUAAAUUCAGAAAAGUAGCACUCAAUAAAAAACUGAAGAAAUAAACUUAUUCGGUUUAAAUAGAAAUAACAGUAUAAAUAAUUAUGAUGACUCUCUUUCACCUGUUAGCAAUGUUAGUUUGGACUCACCUGUCAAAAUUGGCAGAAAGACAAGCUACUUUUUGGCAAAUAUAAAUGAUGAAAAUAACCCAAAAAACUUAAAAGAUAUGGCUAAAAAUUAAAAAUUAAUAGUUCCUGAGUUGCCAGCAAAUCUUAAAAUCGAAGAUGUUGCACAUCCUCAGAAAUUAUUUUAGAAUGGAAUUUAUGUCUAUAGCAAUGCAAACAUUAUAAAAGAAGGGGAAUCAUUUGGUGAAGGUGGUUUAAUUCUAAAAAGACCUCGUACUGCUACAGUAAUAUGUAACUAAGAUUGCGAUUUUGCUGUUAUUUCAAGACAAGAUUAUGAUUUGAUUUUGAAGGAAAUUCAAAAUAAAAAGAUAAAUAAAAAAAUUUAAAUGCUUGUAGAAAAUAUGGAUAAAAACAUUCCCUUUUAGACUGCUAGUAGAUUUUGCUUUGCAUUCUUCAAGAUUUAGCUCUCUUACAAUUAGCCUGCUUUCUAAUAAGGAGAGAAUCCUUCUUAUGUAUAUUACUUGAAAAAAGGAGAAAUAGAAAUUAUAAAAAAUGAGAAAGUUUAAACCUCAAAAAAAGAAAGUGGUGAAUUAAAUUUAUAAGACUAAGUAAAUUAAAUGAAAAUGUUUGGGAAUUCCAAAUUUAAAAAUAGAACGAUUUCAUCCAUUUCAGAUGGAUAAUUUUUUGGUGAAGAAGAUGUGAUAGAAAACAAAAAUGAAAGAUCCUAUACAGCUAGAGUAAGGUCCUCUUGUGCAACAAUUUAUAGAAUCAAAGCAUCUGAAUUUAGAUUUAUAUUAAGCUAAAGUGGGAGUGUGAAAGAUUUUUUUACAAAUAGAAUGAUGUAAAGAUAGGAGUGGAGAGCAAGCUAAUAAAAAAAAGUAGAUACAACUGUUUACUAAUUAGAGUAACCUUAAAGAAACUAAACAGAAAGUGUAAACAACUAAGAUUCAAAUUAAAUAAUGAGUGAAGUUGAUGAUAUAGAUAAAAUUAUUUAAUUUUGUUAAGAGAAACAAAUUAUUUCCCCAAAAAAGUAAAGUGAUGUAGAAACAUUUUCAUGUUAUCUUGAUUCUUAAGUAAAAUCUGAUACCUUUAUCAGAUAAAAAAAUGGUCUAGAUUCUUCUAAUUCAAAUAAAAACAUUAAAAACAGUUAUAAAAUAUAAGAGAAUUCAUAAACCUUAGCUUAAAAAAGAAAUUAGUAUCUCACCUCGAAAAGACCUUAAUCAGCUUGUGAAAUAUAGACAACAUUAAAUUUUAUUAUGACUGCAAAUAAAAACAAUAGGUAAUAUGUAAAAGAAAGAGGUAGUGAGCUAUAUUCUAAUGAAAAUCCCAUAGAAUAAAAUUUAUUUUAUGAUGAUUACAAAAAAAAAGUUAAACAGAGACUCGAAACCUUUUAAAAUUCAAAUCCAAAAUAGCAAAAAAGAUAAUAAAGUGCCAGUCCAUCUCAUAGAUAAAAAACUCAGUCACAGAGUGUGAUUGCUAGUUUUAAAUAGGAUGAAACUCCCUCAGUAAAAAAAAUAAAUUUGAACAAUUAAAGAAGAUCGUUUCAAGAAUAUCAUUCAAAGUAAUAUCCAUAACAGACACCUAAAGCUAUUUAAUCUUUAGUUUCGAUAAAGGAAUUUAAUGUAGAUAAUAAUAUUUAAGAAGAUGAAGAUGAAACUGAAAAUUUAAAUAAUUAAAAGGCUUAACCUUACACUACAACACUCACUAAAAAUAUGUCUGCUCCCUUGAUAAAUCCUGAGCAAAUAAUAUAAAAUUUUAAUUUAGUAUCUGCUUAGCAACUUGAUAAAGAGGGUUCACCUGCUUCUUCACCAAAAACUUCUCCUCGAUAAAGAUUAAAUGAAGAACAAAAUAUGAAGUUCAGUAAAUUUUAAAUCAAUCUUCAAUAAUCGUUUAACCAACAACAAAAUACACUUCAUCAAUCACACAGAAAAUCAGAAACAGUUGUAUCUAAUAUGGAUAUUUCUCCAAGAAUUAUUGUAAAAGAUAAAUUUAAUUCAAACAGCUUAAGCAGUCUCAAUUAAAAUCCUUAAAAGAUAAAUUUUUAGAAAAGGAUUAAAUUGCAAGAGCAAUUGAGAAAAUCAAACAGAAUGUAAAGAAGUAUUAAUUUAUAAAAGUUGAUAAACAUUUAGGAAGCUCUAUUUAACACUUCCACUAAUAAUAAAAGCUAAAUAAGCAAUUUAAAGAGUUCGUUUGCAUUUUAUUUUCCAAACUUCUCAACUGUUUCAUCAAAUACUUAAUAGUAAAAUAAUUAUAUGAAUAAUGAUAAUAUUGAUGAUAAUUAUAAUAAAAACAUCAAUAACAUUGUGGAUGUAAAACCCAAUUUUGAUUAAACUAAUAUUCCUAUCAAGUCAGCAAAUUAGGUUAGCUUAUAAAAUUCUUCUAAGGGAAAAUCUUAAAAAAACCAAGAAACACCGAAAUCUAAAAUCGAGUAGCUAAUCAAUUACUAAGUUCCUACAACUUUUUAGAAUUUUAAAUUAAAAAAUCAAAAUUUUCCUGGCAACAGAUCAAUUAAGUACAGUUCUAUGCAUUCUCAAUAAGGAGUUAAUGAAAACUCUAAUGGAUUUUCUCCUAAUUCAAAAAGCAAUAACAAUCAUCCCUCAAUAAUAAUUUAAUCAAGUAAUUUUCUUGUUGAGGAGAAAAGGUAAUUAGCCUCAGCUUAGAUUGAUUUUAUAAAUAGAUAUAAGCAGUUUCAAACAGAAAAAUCAAAUUAAAGAGCAAAAUCUGCUAAUGUCUAAACUGAAAAUAAAUCAGUUAAAAGCCAACAAGAUAGCUCUCAAACCGAGCAGAUAAAUUCAAUGAAUGUCCAACAAAGUUCUUUUAAUAGCUCCCAAUUUAGUGGGAAAAUGGAUAAUAAAUUUAAUAAAUUAUAAUUCAGACCAAAAACUGCAAUGCAAAAGGUUUCAACUAAAUACUAAAAUUAAAUUGAAAUAAACGUAAAUCUAAAAGAAACACCAAAAGUUAAGGGAUAAUAAAAACGCUAAACUAUAAUAAGUCAAAUUAAUAUGUGUCCAGAGUUUUUAAGUGAAUAAUAACACAAAAACGAAAAUUUUAGCACCAUAUUUACCUAGCACUAAUAAGAUAUAACAGAAACAAUUUAAUAAUUUGAAUAGGAAAAAGGCAAAUAAAAUAAUUACUAAAAAUAGAUUUUACUUUAUAAAAAAUUUAAAUAAAACUAAGCAUUUGAAAAUGAAUAAAAAUCCUCUCAUGAUCUCAAUAAAGAAGGCAAAAAUAAUUUUAGCAUAUUUUAGAAUCCUUAGCUAAACUUAAAAGAUAGUGAAGAUUAGCAAUUCAAGUAGAAAAUAUAAUUUACUUCUUCUUGCAGCUUAUUUAAACAUCAGGAUGUUAAAAGUCCGAAUAUUAUAAACAUCGUAUUUCCUUUAGGUGAUAAUACAAAAAAAUAAAAAGCUACUUAACAUAGGAAAUAGAAUUCUUUAAAUAUGCAGCAAUAUUAGAAACAAUUAUAACAAUUUUACAAAAUAGAAGAUUCUCAACAAAUAAAAAUUGAUGUUGGUCUGAGCAAUAAUCAAAAAUAACAAUAAAUUAGACCUGCAUCAGCAGUGGAUAAAAACCUUUUAAUGUAUAAUUAAUUAUCUUAAAGAACACUUUUUAAUAACAAAUUCAUGAAGAAUAAUUCUAACAUGUAAAAAAUUAACUGA